AGGACACAGAGCUCUGGGAGGAACCUUGACCAUGGCCUGGAUCUCUCUGCUGUUCUCACUCCUCACUGUCUACACAGGUUCUGGGGCCUCCUCUGUGCUGACUCAGCCAUCUUCUGUGUCCAAAAGCCUGGGAGAGACGGCCUCCAUCUCCUGUGCUGGGGAUGCACUUAGUAGUUACCAUGCACAAUGGUACCAGCAGAAACCUGGCCAGGCCCCUAAGCUGGUGAUUUAUGAUAGUAACAGCAGGGCCUCGGGGAUCCCUGACAGAUUCUCUGGCUCCAGAUCAGGGAACACGGCCACCCUGAGCAUCUCUGGGCUCCAGGCUGAGGAUGAGGCUGACUAUUACUGUCAGUCACGGGAUAGUAAUGCUGAUGCUCACAAUUAUGUCUUUGGCAGUGGGACCCAACUCACCGUCCUCACUCAGCCCAAGGUGGCCCCCACUGUCCAUGUCUUUGCUCCAUCCCAAAAGGAGCUAGACACCAAAAAGGCCACCCUCGUGUGUCUCCUGAGUGGCUUCUACCCAAGCAUCGUGGAUGUGGCCUGGACAAAGGAUGGCUCCCCCAUGUCCCAAGGAGUGGACACCACCCGGCCAUCCCGCCAGAGUGACAACAAGUACUCAGCCAGCAGCUACCUCUCACUCUCCUCUGACCAGUGGCUGUCAGGCAGCAGCUACACCUGCAAGGUCACCCAUGAUGGCAAGGUCAUCCAGAAGGAGCUCUCCUCAAGCCAGUGCACUUAGGUGCCCACAUCCCUU